UUUUAUUUUAUGCCUCAACUCAUUUCUCUUCCCUCUUGCGGCAGUCUUCACAUUCUCACACUCUUUAUCUCUCCUCUUUCUCUCUCUUCCCGCUUUUCGGCUUCCCGGAUCAGCCCUCUCCGUCAAUUGCUGCUCUCAAUUUCAACUUUAAUUCUAGAGCAAAAUCAAAUUGGCAGGCUUGAUCCAGAGAGGAAGUCGGACAAAGGAGCAAGAACAGGCAAAGGAAGAGAACACAGAUAUGAACGAGAAAGCCAAUGUUACCAAGGAGCUCAACGCCAGGCAUCGCAAGAUUUUGGAAGGGCUUCUCAAGCUACCAGAGAAUAGGGAAUGUGCCGAUUGCAAAUCCAAAGGACCAAGAUGGGCAAGUGUGAAUCUGGGCAUCUUCAUUUGCAUGCAGUGUUCUGGAAUCCACAGAAGUCUAGGAGUGCAUAUCUCAAAGGUAAGAUCAGCGACGCUUGACACAUGGCUCCCUGAACAGGUUGCUUUUAUUCAGUCCAUGGGAAAUGAGAGAGCAAAUAGUUACUGGGAAGCCGAGUUACCUCCAAAUUACGAUCGAGUUGGAAUUGAAAACUUCAUUCGUGCGAAGUAUGAAGAAAAAAGAUGGAUUUCAAGGGAUGGAAGGGAAAGAUCACCUUAUGAUGGAGGGAAAGAAUACAUAUCUUCACAUCAAUCUAGAUUGGAUGCGAGUAAUGGGCAUGCAUAUGCUAAUAAACUUGUAAACGUAAAUGACGAGAGGAAAAUCAAACUUCAUGCCAGUACUAGGGAUGCUAGUUCAGCAGGAAGAAUCAGCAUCUCAUCUCCUCCCAAAGGAAUUGAACUACCUACUGCAGCUCCUCCGCCCCCACCUGAGAUCUUGAAACGUGAAGCAGCUCAAGAAUCAGAAGUGACCAAACAGAUGGCCAACACAUCUUCAGCUGCUUCUCCUCCAAAAGUUGAUUUUGCUACUGAUCUUUUCAAUAUGCUUUCCAUGGAUGAUCCAAGUGAAGGUCCUUCUGAAAGUGCCAAUAAUGAUGAUAAUGAUUGGGCAGGAUUCCAGGCUGCAGCGCAAGUGUCUGCUUCUGAGAAAACUGAAGCGAAGAAUGAUGUCGACAGUGUCAAGAAAUCUGUUUCUGGAAUCGAAGAUCUGUUUGGUGAUGCUUCAGCGUCUACUACAGUUUUGCAGCCACAGAAAGAUGUAAAAUCAGACAUUAUGAGUCUUUUUGAGAAGUCCAACAUUGUAUCACCAUUUGCUGUUCAUCAACAGCAACUGGCAAUGUUGGCACAUCAACAGAGACUUCUUAUGGAUGCAGCUAAUGGCGCUUCAAAAUCACCCGUUGCUGUCCAACAACCUGGAUUAAAUGGUGGUGCCAAUAUGCCAGCUCAAAACUGGAUGAACGUUGGUUAUCAAAUUCCUGGGCUAACUAUGCCAUCAGCAGGGCAGCAUGACUUGCAGAAAUUAGCUCAGGUUGUGACCUCUCAGUCAAUGCAGACAGCCGGGAAUCCCCCCUCUUUCCCAUCAAUGAGUUUCUAUCCUAUGGUCCAAGCCAUGCCUGUUAACGCGGUAGCUGCUGUUGAAACGAGCAAAAGUUCUGCAGAAUCAGCAGUUCCGACAGGGACUUCAACUCAAAAGGCAGAUGAUUAUGAUUUCUCGGCCUUAACCCAAGGGUUGUUUACAAAGCGAUAGUGUUACCCUUUGAAGACUUUGCCGUUUAGGGUGUGUUCCAAUUAGGACUGGAAAACUUGAUGGGGGAUGCAAGCUGACAGUCGACAGGUGACAGCGUUUUCUCUCCUUCAUUGGUUGCUGUAAAAACUACGCGCAGGGAAGUUUUCUGUUUGGGAUAGCGUCUCUGUAUGUUUCGAGCUUGAGAUGUAUUUUUUUUCCCUUUUUUUGGGAUCAUUAAAGAAGAUUUUUGAUAUACCAAAUCAUUUGUUGUAAUUGUAUCUUGUGCUUAAAUGUCUGUAGAAUGUUUUUAUACAAGAGGUGAUUUUGAUUAUCAAAUCACUUGUAAUAGUAUCUUAUGCUUCCAUAUCUCUUGUAUGUUUUGGACUGGACUCGGUUGAUUAAUAAGCUAAGGUAAUAAAUACACUUUUUUUUGCAGCA